AUGAGUACUUUCAAACAACGACAAAGUAUUGCCAAUUUGUUGCUGGGAACAAAUAUGGAUGUUGACGAAGAUACUCAUCGAGUGAUUUUCGUUUCCAACUGUUCCAUCGAGAAACUUCCGGAUAAGGUGAUCCUGCACAUCUUUUCCUACCUAAGCCACUUGGAGAUAUGUCGUAUGGCGAUGGUAUGCCGCCGUUGGCGCACGAUCGCCUACAACACGCAGCUGUGGAAGAACGUUUCGCUGCGACCGGAAGUGUCAGGGCUGCACGUUGGCUCGCUGGAGUCGCUGCUGUCGCUGAUUUCUGUCCGCUUUGGUCCAUCAUUGCGUUACAUUGAACUGCCCAUCGAACUGAUCACCCACACCGUGCUGCACGAACUGUCGUCCAAGUGUCCGAACCUUACCCACAUGCUGCUGGACUUUUCGACUGCCAUGCAGUUGCAUGAUUUUAGCGAAAUGCAAGCCUUCCCGGCCAAGCUUCGGUACAUGUGCAUCUGUCUGUCGGAAGUUAUCUUCAUGGAAGGUUUUAUGCGUAAAAUCUACAACUUUAUCAACGGGCUCGAGGUGCUGCAUUUGAUCGGCACGUAUGAAAAGUGUGAAGAGGAAGAGGAGGAAAUCUACGAGGUCAUCAACGUGCAUAAGCUGAAGUCCGCCACACCGAACCUGCGCGUUAUCAACCUGUACGGAAUCAACUUUAUCGACGACUCUCACAUCGAUGCGUUCAGCUCCAACUGUAUCCAGCUCGAGUGUCUGGCCGUCAACUACUGCAACAAGGUCACCGGUUCCACGCUGAAGGCGCUGCUGGCCAGAUCGAAGCAGUUGAAGUGUCUGCUGAUGAACGGUACGAGCCUGAAGUCGGAGUAUGUAAUGCAGGCGGAAUGGGACAAGUGUUCCGUGCAAGAGUUAGAUAUCUCGGGCACCGAUCUUUCCUCCGAGUGCCUGAUCGAUGUGCUGACGAGAAUUCCAACGCUCCGUUUCCUGAGCGCUGGCCAGAUCAAUGGGUUCAACGAUUCUGUCCUUAAGGCAUGGAUGGAGGGCGGUAACCCGAAAACUUUGAUCGCACUCGAUCUCGACUCAUCCGAUAACAUCUCUGACGAGGCGUUGGCUCGCUUCAUCACGCGCUACGGAGCGCAGCUGCAAGCGUGCGUCUUGUCUGGGAUGACUCACAUUACCGAUCAGCUGUGGAUGACGAUCCUACCGAUCCUGACAAACAUUCGCAUCAUUGUGAUGGGUACCACGGAACGUCUGAGCGGUAACAUCCACGUUGAUCAGCUAAUGGAUACGAUUGGAUCGCACUGUACGAAGCUGGAGCGACUGGAACUACGCUGGGAUCCGGAAAAUCUGCGGUUCUCGGACAAGAGCCAGAAAGCGAUCGAUCUUUUGCGUGUCAAAUGUCUAAAGCUACGCUGCCUCGUUCUCAACGACGGUCGUUACUAUGAGACGGUGAAGGCCAAUUUCGAACGUGCCGAUCGUACGACUGUCGUACGCACUACGACGAGCUGCCGCGUGUCAGCCUACCACGUGCUCAGCAAUUACAACGAUUUGAUUUUUAAUUGAAGGAAAUACUGAAACUUGCCCCAUGUUUCGAGCAAGCGUUCAGAUAAGCUAACAAAAGUGUGUUUUUCGUGAUUGUUGUUAUUUGAUUUUUUAUGUUGUUAGAGGAACCUCGCUUCAGUGGGUAAAUAUUUCAAAUAUAUUAUUCAAAUAAAUGCUGUUA